CUUUCCACAGAACGGCAAAUGUCUUAGUGUCCAGGAAACACUGUUCUCUUUGCACACAUCUCCCUCUGAAUCUCAGAGCAUCCCUGCAGCAGCCUUGUAUCAUUCAAGCACUUUGGAAAGCUAUUUUGAUGAGGGGAAAAAAGCCACUCCAAGCCUGCUUACUAAAAACCUGAAAACAAAUAUUUUUAGCUGCUUCCUCUUCCUAGUCACAGUUUUAGCAGUGAGAAAACUGUAAUCACAGUUGACCGUGCAAAGCUACUACUUAUCAGUUGAGCUAAUCAUUCUGUAGUCGUCGUAGGAAAUGCGAUAAUUUAAGGGCCGUUAGUGGGGUGUUUAGGUCAGUUCUAAGCCUUUACUUGAUUUGGGGUGUAUUAUUUCCAAGACGGCCCUGAAGUAGCUGAGAAACUCUUUACUCAGACCUUUCCUAGUGUGACCAGAAUGACGUUGCCCCAUGACUUUUUUUCAGUGGGUGCCCUUGUUUCCAUUAUAAAUCAGUACAUCCACCGCAGUCACGUUCAGAGAGUAGUGUAUUUUUCUAUGCUCAGAGCCCAUCUCGAGGGUGCCUGGUACUUAAAGACUUUUUCACAAUAAAAGAGUGAAAGACCAGGCUUUGUCUGUAGGAGAAAGACAAAUGAAGGAAAAGUGGGGGAAGUGAUGGGCGGCACGAGGGAGGGUGUGCGAAAGCAGUGGUCUGCUUCAGCGGAUGUGGUGGCACCUGCUUACUGCGGUGCUGAUGCCCAGCACUGCAUGUUACCCUCUCCCUGACCGGUGCCUGGAGUGAAAGAUCCUCUCCCAUUUCAGACAAAAUCAAAAAGAGAUACAAGCAUUCAAGCUUGUGUCAGCCUGGGAGUUGUCGGGUACCCUUUGUAGACUCAUAAAACAUUCAGUUUCCCAAACUCUGCAUCUUCCAUCUCUUCCACCCAUCUUGCUGGCUAAACUCAGAAUGGGGAAGUAAAAUCAACCCCAGGAGGAGGCAGAGCCAGAAAGAAGUGUGACUUCUUUAUUUUCUGCUGUGAAAAGAGUUGGCCAAAUUCAGCUUCCUUGAUAUUAGUUUAACUACUGCCACUCCCUGAGGUGUAGUGAUAAAUGGAAGGUAUUUGGGUAGAAUUACUGCAGGGAGGUGAAUGGUGAAGAGAAACGUGUCUCAGUCCGCAGGUGAGCUUGGCUGAUCUCAGGUGGCUGUGGGUGCAUGACAAAUCCCAGGAGGGGCACGGGAUGGUCACAACUGGGACAUGUGCGGCACUUUGGGAGGUGACACUGAAUUAGGUACUUCUGCGGGCCACACCGGGGAUGGGGCAGGCAGCUGGCACUUUGCUGGUGUGUGCAGACAGGGGAAGCGCUGCGUCCUCCCGGCUGCAGCUCGUGCUCGGGUAAGGGCUCCCACUUCCUGUGCUCGCUGCACGUCUCCUCUCAGCAUCAGCCUCUGACUUCCUUUUCUCUUUGUGGCAGUUUGCUGUGCUCAGAUGCCUCCUGAAGACAGGACUAUUGCAAAGCUGGUACUAGAGCCCCUGGUAGGGACCCUCUCUGCCCAGCGCCUGGCAUAAACACUGCUCCCGAGGAAAAUAGCUUGGUUCUGCUUGGGAUUUUAAGGGAGCAGCUUGUGUAACCGAGUCAAAAGAAAAGGUUUCUCUCUCCAUAUGCCUUUUUCUCCAGCUGAGUAUCUUUACGUUUGCCUUCCCCACUCCUUCUUUGGGGCCAGGGAAUGGACUAGAUCACUUGAGGUCCCUUGGCCCUAUUUUCUCUGAUACUACAUCCAUACUGGACAUAGUAUAGCUUGAGAUGGCUUUAAAGAAGCUCAGAAAUAGGAGCAGUCUAGCCACAGUGCUGCAUAGCUGUGCAUUGGCUAGCUUACCCUGCUAGGUAGCGCUGAGCACCCAAUUGCAGAAGGGGUCAUGCUGCAGUUUUGAAAUAGCCAAGCAAAAUUACCUUUAGCAACGAGUGGCCCCUGUAGUUUGUGCUCGGUGUGAAUCCAGCACUGUUUUGUUGAGCCUUCCAGAAGACCAUCCAUAAAUGCUCUGAAGCCUCCAGGUGACAGAAAGCAAGCUGUUAAACGGAUUGUUGUGAGAGGUCUGGGGAAUGCUUCUUCAUGGGCAAUUUGCUUUGCUCAUCUUUAAACAGUGAGUUUUGUGCACUUAUCAGAAGGUGUGUAAAACACUGAACCAGGGACUUAAUUUAGGGCAAAUCAGUGGAAGGAACUGGCUUUUGACCUGGCUGUGAAAAAGAAGAAUUCACCCCGGCAUUUUCUUCAUCUCAGAGAUACACAGCCUCUGGUGUCCGUGAUGUCUGUGGACAGCCUGGAUGUGAUCUAUAUCCUGAUGGAGUCUGUUAUUGGGAUAUCUGCAGUGGUGGGCAAUGCCUUGGCCAUCUGGGCCGUGAAGCUGAACCCAGCUCUUCAGAAGAGCACCUUCCUUUACAUCGUUUCCCUGGCGCUCACUGACAUCGCCGUGGGGGUCCUCGUCGUGCCCCUGGCCAUCACGGUGAGCCUGGGUGUUGUCGUCCACUUUUACUCCUGCCUGUUCAUGUGCUGCCUGAUGAUGAUCUUCCCUCAUGCCUCAGUCUUGUCCCUCCUGGCCAUCGCCAUCGACAGGUACAUGAGAGUGAAGCUGCCCACCAGAUACCGGGCAGUCAUCACAGAGAGGAGAAUUCGUGCAGUGCUGGGGCUCUGCUGGCUCGCGUCUCUGCUGGUGGGACUGGUCCCUAUGUUCGGCUGGAACCAGCAGGCAGGCAGCUCCAGCUGCAUCGAGUGUCACUAUUUGGCUGUGAUGAGAAUGGAUUACGUUGUGUACUUCAGCUUCUUCACCUGGAUCCUCCUUCCCUUGAUCAUCAUGUGUGCCCUGUACACCGAGGUUUUCUGCAUCAUGUGGACAAAACUAAGCCCAAGCUCAGCAAGUCCUCCAGGUGGAGGAACAGCUUAUGGGAAGGAAUACAAAAUGGCCAAAUACCUGGCCCUUAUCCUCUUCUUGUUUGCUGUGUCCUGGCUGCCUCUGGGCAUUCUCAACUGCGUUUCCUUCUUCUGCCCCACUUGCACCAUCCCGCGGUCCCUGAUGUACCUGGGCAUCCUGCUGUCCCACGCCAACUCAGCCAUGAACCCUGUCGUCUAUGCUUUCAAGAUAAAGAAGUUCAAAGAAACAUACGCUUUUAUUCUGAGGACUUACGUCCUGCUCCAGAAACCAGAGUUGGUCGCUUCUAGCGCAGAGCACACGGAAUCGCAGCUGCAAGUGAGCGCGGUCUGAGGGCACCGCUGCGCGGGUGCACCCGGGCCCUCUGCCCGCUCCCCUUCUCCAUCCAGGCUGGAUGCGGCAAUUAGGAAAUAACGUGGGAGCAGCCAGCGUAAGAGGAAACGGCAGAGAUGCAGACACAUUUCUCAAAUCAUGCAUUCUGGACCAAUAAUUGUGUGUAUAUUUCUCUUUUAAGCUAAUUAGCCUCUGAGCAAUGUGAUGAUUGAUUAAUUCAGGAUCCUAGCUUAUCCCAAAAGGAAAUAAAUCCUAGGUUCUGUUAAUAAAAUAAUAUUACUGUG